GUCAGUUGUCAGCUGUUUCACCAUAGUUUUAUUUGUUGUUUGGAGGUUUUUGAUUUUGUUUUUGAGCAAACAAGUUAAUUUUGCCAGCUCGAAGCUUUCAAAUGUAUGGUACACGUUACAUUGCAAAGAUACUGACAACGCCACGAGUUACAGCAUCCAUUGUCAUCCAUUGCCGUCAGCAUUUGAGAACAUCUGCGAACCGCAUGGCUUCGCCACCAAAAAAAAUCGACGAAACAGAUCUUUCGGCAGAGAUAAUCGCACAGCUUGGUAAGCCGCCUAAGAUGCGUGAGAAUCCCGCUUUCACCAAGGUCGACAGUGACGAAUUUCGUAGCAUUUUCACACCCGAACUGGAGACACUCGUUGCGCUCUUCAAGAAAUAUAAUUAUGAGCUGCGCAUUGCUGGCGGCGCCGUGAGGGAUAUUUUGAUGAAAAUCAAACCGAAGGAUGUGGAUUUUGCAACGACAGCGACACCGGAACAGAUGAAGGAGAUGUUCACCAAGGAGGAUGUGCGCAUGAUUAAUGCCAAAGGCGAGAAACAUGGCACAAUAACGCCGCGCAUCAACGACAUGGAGAACUUUGAGGUGACCACAUUGCGCAUCGAUGUGCGCACAGAUGGACGCCAUGCGGAUGUAGUCUUCACCACCAAUUGGCAAUUGGAUGCGAAUCGUCGCGAUUUGACAAUCAACUCCAUGUUUCUCGGACUAGAUGGCACCGUCUACGAUUAUUUUUAUGGCUACGAUGAUGUGCAGCGUCGUCGCAUCAUUUUCGUUGGCGAUGCCGACGUGCGAAUCAAGGAGGACUAUUUACGCAUUCUGCGUUACUUCCGCUUCUAUGGCCGCAUAGCAGCGGAUCCCAACUCACACGACCCGGCCACAUUGGCCGCCAUCAAGGCGAAUGGCGCGGGUCUGGCGCGAAUUAGUAGCGAACGUGUUUGGGCCGAAUUGCGAAAGAUUAUUGCCGGCAACUUCGGCCGGGAAUUGGUCCUGGAAAUGUAUAAUUGUGGCCUGCUUGAACACUGUGGAUUGCCGGCGCAACCAAACAUCUCGGAAUUUGAGCGACUCUGCAACAGUUUUAAACGUUUCGAGGAGGAGUCACAUCAUCCCAUACUCUACAUGUGCGGACUGCUGCACACCACCGAGCAGGCAAUGCAGCUGCACGAGCGUCUCAAGCUGUCCGCCUACGAGCGCGACUUGGCACUCUUCAUCACACAGCAGCGCCACCGGAUCGAUAACGAGUAUAAAUCCCUGCGCGACUGUCAGAAACUGUGCCUGCAGCCGUAUGCCAAACGCGACUAUGUCGAGCAUCUGCUGAAGUAUGCCAAUAAGCUGGAGCUGUACCAGCAAUUGAAGGCGUGGCAGAUACCCAACUUUCCGAUUAAGGGUAACAUGCUGAGCAGUUAUGGCCUGGUACACAGAAAACUCGGUCUAGUUUUAAACGAACUGCGUCUGCUGUGGGUAGACAGCGAUUAUAAGCUGACGGCCGAGGAGUUGCUGGAAAGCGUACCCACAAUAAUGGAGCAGAUGCAGCAAUCACCGCCCAGCACACCCAAUACCAAUAAAAAGCAACGAACGCGGUAAAUUAACCUCAGUACUUGUUAUGUUUGCCUCCUUUGUUAAUAAUGAUAAAACUCAAAAAACA